AUGCAAUCCAACCCCCCAUCUCGGAUCGCCAAAUCCCCUCGGCAACCGAGCUCGGACAAGCCCAAGCGCAGACGCAAGGCCCUCUCGUGCUACGCCUGCCGGCGCCGUAAACUCAAAUGCGACCGCGAGGUCCCGGCGUGCGGGCGGUGUCGGAACGGUGGCAUCGCCGAGUCGUGCUCCUACAAUGAACUCCCCUUAUUGCCGGAGGAGGAGCGGUCCGUCUUGUUGCACAAUAGUGCGUACACGUUGCACAGUCCCCCGCCGGCGCGGGCGCCAGUGCCACAGGUUCAUUCUGUCCGAGGGCCGGGGCUGGAGCACCCGGCGGUAGAUCAGGCAUCCCCCGAGACGAGGGUAAUAUCGCUAGCGGCGCCGCAGAACGCAGGGAGCUGGCAGUUACUCGGGGCGUCGUCGUCGGCGACGGGGAUCAAUGAGGAGCGCCCGUCGAUCCGCAGUAACGUUGCCGAUGACAACGAUGGUCAUGAUUAUGGAAUCGGGCCCCCAGGGUCCGGCGGGGAGCGGCUGCGGGUGCAGACGACGAUUCUGCGGGGCGAGAAUUUCAAGACCCAUUACUACGGAAGUACGAAUCCAAUCAGCUUGAUUUCUCAUUUCCCCGAGCUGCGAUCGUUCAUGAAGGAGACGAUCAUGCAGCGCACCUCCCUGCCCAGCCUGCAGCGGGAGUUAAAGGCGCUCCAGGUGAAAUGGAAGGGCAUGCGGGCGGACCUGCUGCCGCAGCAUGAAUGGGAGCUCGUCGGGCUACUCCCGGACCCGGAGACCAUAGACGCCCACGUGCAGCUCUACUUCGACACCUUCGAGACCGUCUACCGCAUCCUGCACUACCCCAGCUUCAUGCGGGAGUACGAGACGUUCCGCGAAGACAGCCGCGCCGCGCGGCCGGCGUUCGUCGUGACGCUGAUGCUGGUGCUCGCGUGCGUGGGCUGCCUCGCGGCGCCCGCGGCCCAGCAGCAGCAACAGCCCAAAUACAUCGGCGACAGCGCGAUGGCGCGCGAGCGCGCGACGCUCUGGAUCGAGGCGGCGGAGGCGUGGCUGCCCCGCCAGAGUCAGAAGCACAUCUACCUGGCGAUCUGGCAAAUCCGGUGCCUGCUGCUCGUGGCGAAGAUGGUGAACGUGGUAAAGAAGAAGCGCACGUGGACGGCGGCGGGGACGUUGGUGCGCGAGGCCAUGUCGGCGGGCUUUCACCGCGACCCGACCAUCCUGGGCGACCGCGUGUCGGUCUUCGACCUAGAAAUGCGGCGCCGGCUGUGGGCGACAAUCCUGGAGCUGGAGCUGCAGAUCUCGACGGACCGCGGCAUGCCGUCCGCGGGCGCGGCGCUGACCGCGGACACCGCGCCGCCGCUCAACAUCGACGACGAGGCGCUGGCGGUCGACGCGGCGGCGCUCCCGCCCUCCCAGCCGGCCGAGGUGUACACGGCGUGCUCGUUCCUGCGGGUUGCAGCGUCUAGUUUCCCGCUGCGCACCGCCCUGAACUCCCUCGUCAACGAUAUCCACGCGCAGUCCGUGUACGAGGAGGUGCUCCGCAGCGAGGAGCGGAUCACGGCCGCGCUGCACAGACUGCCCCGGUGGCCCGACGACGACACCCGCACCCCGGGGGUGUCAGCGCGAGGGCGUAACCCAGCCCUGACCCGCGCGCUGCUGGACAUCCAGCUCCGACACUUCCUGAUCCUGCUCCAUGCGCCCUUGGCACGCCAGGCGGAUACCAAUCCGCGCUAUUCGCUCUCGCGGAUGGUGUGCUUCAACGCCGCGUUCCGGCUCAUCGACCAGCACCGCCAGCUCACCGAGGCGGGGAACCACCUCCUGCUGCUCCUGCGACACGACUACUUCAAGAGCGCGCUGGUGAUCUGCCAUAAUAUGUACAUCGCUACCAGCGUGCACGACAACCUCCUCCUCCAAUCCAACAGUACCACCCUGAUCCACUACAUCGAGGCGGUCCUGCACCUCCUCGAGGAGAAGACCACCCGCUUGGGCACCGGGUACACGCACUACUGGUACAUUGCGGCGGCGGCGGCGUUUCUGCGGUCGCGGAUCCCCGACCCGGCGCACCCGGCGGUGCAGAAGGAGGAGGCGAUCUACGAGGUGGUGCGGCAGUAUCAUCGGGUGCUGGCGCAUCAAGAGGAUCUGCGCAAGGCGAAGGAGCUUCUGUUUCCGAUGCGGCUGGUUACGAUGAACCCACCCGAUAAUACCACCACCACUACCCAGCUCCAUCUACCCCCGGACUUAACCGGAGCGUCUCUCCUCGACCCGGACUUAUCCCGACCAACCUUCAGCCAAGAAGACCUCUCCCUCGAAGAAUUUUUCUUCGGCAAUCCCGCCGCAUGGACGUUCGACAACCUCUGGGCGAUGGAAUAA